GCACACCACAGUGCCUCUCUGGCUCUCGUGACGUGUGGUUGUUCUCACGCUGCUCCGCCGGUCCGCAGUGCCAGUGCCGCCCGAUCCUGGCACCCCGUAGAAGUGUCGCCCAGUUUGCUUCCCCGAAUCCCAGCCCGGCCCAGCUCUGUAGGGAGGAUUAGGGAAGGCAGACCCGUGUUUUUCCUUCCCCGUGACGCCGUGACUUGCCGCCGACACGUGAAAAGUGAACACUGUCUUGGCCAGGCUUUUUAGAGACCUUUUAUCGAGACGUGGCGCGGGGGAGGAGAGGAGGAAGGAACACUCUAAGAGACUCUAAAUCCGUCUUGAGCUGUGGCACGAGGGAGCAAACGUCUCUGUCACUCAGAGAAAACACUUGAUUCAACCUCACCUAACCUAACCACACAUCCUCUCUCUCUCUCUCUCUCUCUCUCUCUCUCUCUCUCUCUCUCUCUCUCUCUCUCUCUCUCUCUCUCUCUCUCUCUCUCUCUCUCUCUCUCUCUCUCUCUCUCUCUCUCUCUCUCUCUCUCUCUCUCUCUCUCUCGUGUGGAAAGGCAUUGAGGAGUGACAGACAGACAGACAGAAAGACACAGGAGGCUCACCAAGGCCUGGCCCUCACGCACCUGUUUACUUCACUCUCCAGGUGGGUGGACAGGUCCCGUCGCGGCUCACCUGCGUGUUUUGCUCAGAACAAGCUAUCGCCAUGGUCCCACGCCCAGCCUCAGACACCCCACACCUUCCAGGCGCCCAAGCGUGAUGCCGUGCCGCCCAUGAGGGUGCAAUGGGCGGCGGGGCGGCGGGUGGUGGUUGGCGGCGCGGCGGGUGGUGGUGGUGGGCGGCGGUGGUGGCAGUGGGCGCGGUGGUGGUGAUGCCCCGCCAUGCCGCUGCUAACAUCGAUCUCUACAUGUCCAGCGAAGAGACCCACCGGCUGCUGGGUCUGCUGGCCGAGCUGUACUACGUGCGCGAGGGAGUCAUCAACACCUACGCCCUCAACUUCACCGUCCCCGUGCCGGCAAACUUCACCUAUAUCUACUUCACAUGGAAGAGCCUUAUCAAGCGGCCGAUGCAGUACAUGGCCCACAUCGACUACAACAACGGGGAGGCGAUGGCACUUCCUCAACUCAACAUCUCCAACAAAGGCGUCGUGCCGAUCCAACCUGAUACCUUUAGCGUGUCCCUCCCCUGCUCGGGCCGCGUCAACGCUGAGGUCAUGGUAAACCUGCACCUUAACAUCACCACCCAAAAUCUCACCAACAUUACCAUCAAGAGGAAGAAGAUCUGCCUCAAAGAGGAGUUUGCUCCGAGGAACGAGAGCAUCUACCUUCGCCCGGAGUGGAUGUCCACCUCGCUCGGGACGCUGUACGUGGCCAUGGGGGCUGCCUGCACCUUCACCGUCCUGGUCAUCACCAUUGCCUCCGUCCUCUACCUCAGAGUCAAGAGGACCAGAACACAGGCGUCACUCACCUGCCGGUACUACAGUGGGCCAGGCUACAUGGGCGACACGAGUGGCACCACGGGGGGCAGUGUGCGCGGCCCCGCCUCGCUCCGCAGCAACUCCUACGUCACCAUCGCCUCCUUCAAAAAGGUGCCCAUCAUCUCCAGCGAGAAAAAGAAGAAAGCCAAGGUGUGUGCUGCCGGAACGGGGGGAGAGUCCCUGCACUACGCCUCGUCGCCACUCUCGCAGGUGUACUCACAGCCCUACUCUCCUGCCCAUUCACUCCCCGCCUCCCGACACUCGCACGCCUCCUGCUGCGCCUCCUCCCUGCACUCCCAGGCUUCGUGGCGUGACCCUCGCAACCUUGACCCCAGUGAGAGGGUGAGGCAGCUGGCCAUAGACGGCUGGAAGGUGGAGGUGGGCGAGGUGGUGCAGGAAGGCACCUUCGGGAAGGUGCUGCGAGGCGUCUAUCGAGACCCCUACGCCCGCGCAGCUCUUAAUGUCAUCAUCAAAACAGUCUCAAGUGAGGCGUCUUCAGCACAGGCGAGGAUGGCAGUUAGAGAAGGGCUGCUGUUGGCAGGUCUUCACCACCAACACCUCUUGCCCGUGUUGGGGGUUUGCCUCGCCGAUCCUCGCCGUCCUCUCCUCCUGUACCCACAUCUCGGCCUCACUAACCUCAAGACGUAUCUGCUGGGCUGCGGGCGGGGCUCCAAUGAUGGAGUGAAGCUUCUGACUCGAGAUCUGGUGCACAUUGCCAUCCAAAUUUGCCUGGGACUCAUCCACCUUCACCAGCAGCGACUCCUGCACAAAGACGUCGCUACCAGAAAUUGCUUGAUUGACUCAGAACUACAGGUUCGGGUGUCAGACACUGCCCUGGCCCGGGACCUCUUCCCACAGGACUACCACUGUCUUGGGGACAACGAGAACCGCUCCGUCAAGUGGCUGAGUCUGGAAGCCCUGAUCCACAAACAAUUCACUCCUGCUAACGAUGUGUGGAUGUUCGGAGUGCUCCUGUGGGAACUGGCGACGCUGGCUCAGCAGCCCUACAUCGAGGUGGAUCCCUUCGAGAUGGCAGCCUAUCUGCGUGACGGCUACCGCCUGGCCCAGCCCAACAACUGCCCUGAUGAGCUGUUUGGGAUGAUGGCACGGUGCUGGGCCCCAGCACCUGAGGACCGAGCCAGCUUUCCCCACCUCCUCUCCUGCCUCCAGGAUUUUUACUCAGCCCUUGGAAAAUACAUUUGAAAAUGUCAUUGUAUGUUCAUGUGUCCACUGCCUGUGAAACCAAAUCAUCCUAGAAGUGUUAAAGUCAAGAGUCUUACUGUGUACUCAACUUAUAAAUUUAUAACCAUAUGCUGUAACAUUUAAGUCGUCAUGUGUCAAUACGCUGUUAAUCCAUAAGCCUAAUUGUUUCUAAGAGCAGCGAAAAUUUGAUAUCAGAGAAACAAUAGCGACCAAAUAGUUACAUCUUUUCUUUUACAAACUAUGUAAUUAAGGGUUGUGUGUAUGAAUCCUCACCACUCAUCACCUGACUGUAGAAAGGACCAGGAAAAAGAAGAAUCCUUAUUUUGAUGAAUUACAAAUAUGUUCCCUUGUGACUAAUCUGAAAUUACAUAAAUAUUGAAUUAUUAUUAUUCUCUUCCAGGUAGAGGCCAUGUUUCACGUAUAUGGCUGCGUGAAAUUGAAAGGAAUCUACACACAAUCUAACGCAAAUAAUUGUUUCUUUAAUUUUGAAGUGAAGGUAUUGAGGUAUCUGACUUCUUUAUUAUACAUUUAUUCAUCAUUUAUUCACUGGCUCAGGUACGAACACUAGGUUUGAUAAUGCUUAAGAAGGAGUAAAUUAUCAUCUGUCUUCGAGGCUCCACUGAUGGACUCUUGGUAUGGACAGUGAAUGGAUUGUUGUUUGGUGACUGAAGGUGCAGUACAAGUUUUCCUCCAAUACUUGUGUGAACUUGCUCAUGUUGGCGCUGGCAAGUGUUGCAAGGCAGUGUGUGUGUGUGUGUGUGUGUGUGUGUGUGUGUGUGUGUGUGUGUGUGUGUGUGUGUGUGUGUGUGUGUGUGUGUGUGUGUGUGUGUGUUUAAUAUAAUUUGAAUAUAAUAAGUUGAUGAAUUGUGUUGAAAAAAUACUAACUAAACUAAUUGUUUUCAAGCAAGACUGCAGUGAACAAAAAGGAGCAUAUGUUGACAAGUUUGUGUGAUGAUUAUUGUCUGACUUAUAAUGGCAAACAGAGGUCCUCACAUUAUGUAACUGAAUGUUUAUAUAUUUACUUGUGUGGGUAUAUAUCCACAUACAUAUACAUAUACUGUUAAUUUAUUACCAUGCAUGAGUUAUACUACACUCAUGAACAUUUCUGUGUGUAAGAGUGUGUGGGUUGGGCAUGGUUGUGUGUAUGUAGGAGCUGUAAAUAUAUAGAGUAUGUUUAUAACCAUAGUGAUAUAUGUAUAUGUAUGUCUAUAUACUAAAUGCCUUUAUUUGUAUUUAUAUCACAAAUGAACACGACUAGCGAUGUGCAAUAUAGAAGGUACGUGCUUACUGACAGGCCUCGAGGUCUUCCAGUGUGGAAGACACCGAUUCUCAAAAUAGAAAUAUGUGUCAACAUUUUCUUUCUCAUUGUUUUGCUUAGACAUAUUUCUUCCUUUUGUUCCAUUACAUGAUAUGGAACACUUCCUUCUGUGCUGAACAGCUUGAAUAACAGAAGUGGGUGAAAUUUUAAGCCACCAAAGAAUGAGGAUCCAUUAUUUUGGCUGUAAGAAUUUCUCUCUCUCUCUCUCUCUCUCUCUCUCUCUCUCUCUCUCUCUCUCUCUCUCUCUCUCUCUCUCUCUCUCUCUCUCUCUCUGUCUCUGUCUCUCUGUCUCUGUCUCUGUCUCUCUCUCUCUCUCUCUCUCUCUCUCUCUCUCUCUCUCUCUCUCUCUCUCUCUCUCUCUCUCUCUCUCUCUCUCUCUCUCUCUCUCUCUCUCUCUCUCUCUCUCUCUCUCUCUCUCUCUCUCUCUCUCUCUCUCUCUCUCUCUUUUUAUGUGUAAGAUGAAGUGUGUGGCUGAGGAAAAUGGAAUACCAGAAUAUGACUAAUCAAUAAUAGAAUAAAGUGUCAUGGUAACAAGUAGAAUUUUCACUUCUGACAAGGAAAGCAUUUACAUCGCUCACAACAUUUCACACGUGAGGAAAGACUGUAGUUGCUCUUAAUCUGCUGAGUUAAAAUCAAUUCAACAUCAAGCAUGCCUUUGAGAAAGUAUCAGAGCUGCUCUUUCAGCUAAUUUAGGAAAGAAAAGUUAAUGCAAUAUAGUACAAGUUGCUGCCUCCUACCUUCGUGUUUUAAUUGGAGGAAACUGUUUGAAAAUUUACUUACAAAACGUUCUUGGUAAAUAGCCUUCACUACUUUCAUUAUCAAACUUUUCAGGCUCCUAGUAAUGAGGUAAGAGAGUUUUGUGUUAUAUAUUGAUACUUAUUCAGUAAGAGUAUUAUGUGCACUACGGAUAACAUUCUUUCAGUUCGACUCAUCUACUUUGUGUUGUUAAUAUACAUUUAGAUAAGGAGUUGAGUGGGUGAAUGACAACUUAUCCAACUGUCAAAUAAGAGAAUGGAUGACCAUAACUGUUAGUUAAGAAAAUGGAUUUUAAGAAUCAAAAUGUAAUGCCAUACUCUAGAUUAAGAGUUAGAAUGGUGCUACAUUAAUGACUGAUCUACAGUGAUAUGAGACAUAGGUUAUAAUCAAUUGUAAGCCUCCACUGCUGACCAUGUGAAAGUCUACCAGAUGCUUUGUGCUAUAUACUUCGAUGAGCCAGAGUGUGAUAUGUUAUUUUUUUGUCUUCAUCAGUCAUCACUAAACAAAAUUUAGAACUCAAUCAUGCCAGCCACAUUACCUUGUCAAGUUUUCAGUGCUACACUAUUUAAAAAGACAUGGUUGAUGUUUCUUGUUACUUCAUUGAUGUGUUCUUUACAUAUGUGACAUCGUACGUAUCUUGAAUUUAUGAACUAAUAAAGUGAAAAUCGUUCUAAAGAUUCCAAUACACUGAAGUAGAAGUAUCCAUACAUCGUAACUGAACGGAAAAAUGUUUUGACAGCAUGUAUGAAACAGAAAAUAAUGGAUGUUUUCCCUGUCUGCAGGAAUAACCUUGAGAAAGAAAAGUAGUAAAUAUCAGCAACAAGACAGAAGCCAUCCAUCCCAUAGGUAUGGCGAAGUACUCCAAUCCUCCAAUGAACGAGUGUGCCCGUCCUGCAGGCGGCAGCAGCGCCUGGCUCCUCCAGGGGAAUGCCACGCUUGCCAAUGCACACGCCAGAUCUGAGAGUACCCAGUUGUUGUUCUUGUUGUUGUUGUUGUUGUACUUAAAAAAAAUAGUGCAUGUUGCAAGUCGCACAUUGUCCAUUUUUGUACCAGCCUUUGUUAAUUAACGAAGAAUAAAUAACUGGUGCUUCGACCCAAGAAAUUGUGA